ACGGUUGUUUUAACGACAGCUAAGCUAACGUUAGCUGUCGUUAAACUUCAGAUUUUUUUAAAAUAAAAACUGAAUUGUUCUGCUAAAACAUUAUUUUAUUGUCGCCAUAUUUUAUUUUGCAAUGGCCUGUGCAACAUUACAACAAGUGAGAACUUCACAGGAUAAUCAGCUGUUGCCUAAUCAGGUUCUGUCGGAGCAGCAGUCCUUGGUUGUUAUAAAGAAGCUCCUGGCCAUCGCAGUGUCUGGCAUCACGUACCUUCGGGGCCUUUUCCCAGAGAAAGCCUACGGGAGCAAAUUUGUUGAAGAUCAGAAAGUGAUGAUCCUUAGAGAGGAGCGCAGCUGUCCGGGUGCAAGUCAGAUUGUUCAAUGGAUGCAGGGCUGCUUUGACGCCAUUCAGAAGAAGUAUCUGCGGACAGUCAUUAUGUCUAUCUACACUGACCCAGAGAACCCCCAGAAAGUGACUGAGUAUUACCAGUUUAGGAUCCAGUACACAGCAAAAGGAGCAGAGAUGGACAUUGAAAGCGUCAACAACAACAACAAGGUUUCGAUGUCAUGUGGCAACACCAAGAAGGCCAGCAUCUUGUUGGUGCGGAAGCUCUACACUCUGAUGCAGAACCUGGGUCCUCUGCCUGACAAUGUGUGCCUCAACAUGAAGCUGGCUUACUAUGAAAAUGUCACUCCUCAGGACUACCAGCCGCCAGGCUUCAAGGAGGCUGACGGCGACACCGUGGAGUUUGAGAAGGAGCCGGUCAAACUCACCAUGGGCGAGGUGGUCACUCCCUUCCACACUCUGAAGUUGGACAUGGCCACAGAGAGACAGAGACUGGAGCAGGUGGAGGAGAGAGUUCAUGUGACGGAGAAGUGGACUCUGAAGAUGGAGGAGGAUGGUAUCCUGUCGCAGAGUCAUGUGAUUGAAGACGUGGAGAAGUCUGACAACGAGAACACAGACUUGGACAACACUGAGAUUCAGAUGAGCUGUCAUGAGAAGAUCGAGAGUUGUGAGGAAGCCACAGAGAUGGACGCUCUUGUGAAGAGGACCUCCGACAUUGAGGUGGGACUGAAGAGGACCAGGAGUGGACGGGUCACCAAGGCGACUACGGAGACAAACCUGACAGUGAACAACAAGAAGUCGACUGAUGUGAAGGACAAAGCGGUUUCUCAGUAUGACAUCCCCAACAGCCAGGAAACGCCAUCCACCUCCGCGCCUAAGAAGAAACGCAAAUUCAGCGAGCCCAAAGAACGCUUCUGACCUCACAUCCCACUGCUAACACAGCAGCACUGCUGUAUUGGUUUCCACUCAUGUUUUUUUAUGACUCAAUUUUGAUUGCAACAAGUUACAUAUCUGUUUUUUAAGAGGAAUUUCACUCCUUUUAGCAUUAAUUUGGGGGUUGUGAUAUUAUUGUUUGUUUGCUCUACAGUUUGUUUGAAUGCACAAUGUGGACAAUUUACAUAUUUGAAGUUAGAAUACAAUUUUAUUCAUCAACACAGUAUUUAAGUUGACUUCCAAUAAUUGUUUGUUUUACUGUUUUCAUUCUAAGUUACUUGUCUACAAAGCAGGAUUUCAUACUUGAAUAAAAUACAAAAAUGUAUCCAGUG